AAAGUAUAGACUGAAUUUAUUUAUACGAUUCAUUUUCCGUUUUUGCUUUGCGGGAUCUAGCUCUCAGUCCACUUCUGUGAACACCACCACAUUUUCGUUCCUUUUGGAUGGAAUGUUUGCAAAGCUCGAGUCAUGCCUAUCCGCGACAUUCUUCAUCUUUCUAUCACUAGCCCCUAAAAGCAACCACCAUCCUGAAUAGUCUGUGAGCUUUUAACUUGGCCAGCAGCUGGUGCAUGAAUUAGGGUAUUAGGGUAAUCUUAUUUUUAAUGAUGACUACAUUAUAAUUGAUGGCUGCUAUGUUGUGAAAGCGUUUAUGCUUUCAAUAAACGUAACGCGUCUAGCAUUGUUCCUAGUAUCCAACAAGGACUGUGACAGUUUGACCCAUUUAAUAUUAUUCUAACUGAUAAAGUGCUCGAGUGAAUCAGGUGUGUUGGGAGUAGAAAUACCUGGAAACUGUGCAAAGUGGUGGAUCUCUAGAGAUCAGAUGGAGAACUCCUGAUCUAGCCGACUCGUCUCAGGAGCUUCGUGGCACAGUGUAUAUUUACUCAGAGUAAUUCUCAACUCUGAUCAGGUUUCCUAGGUGCAGUGGGCUUCAGGAGCAGGCAAGAGCCAUCGGGACCUAGGGUGGAGUGGAGCGCAAGGAUCACGUUGGAGACCAAGCAAUGCUGUAAAUGGACUCUGAGUUUAAAGCAGUGCUCGGCCUAGAGAUGGCACUUUAAAGCUGACUAUACUGCAGGAACCUGGUGAAGAACCGGCUUCCCUCAGCACCAUACACCACUCUCUGAGGAAUAUGUACAAUUAGCAACUGAGAGUCAGAAUUUUCACAAUGCCAGCUUUAAAUAAAAUGCUGGUUCUCCAUGUUCUCUUGGCUUUCGUGGCUUUCUUGGGGUUCAUUAAAUGUCAGGAUUUGCCAAGUUAUGACCUGCUGGAAGAGUUCCGCUUGGUUGAGAGCAGAGGGGUGAGGCAGGUGAAAGGCUCGGAGCCAGGCUCAGUAGCAUACCGUGUAAACCCCUCUCUGCAUCUCAGGAAGAGCUUGAGCGACGUUUACCCAAAUGGUCUGCCUACUGACUACUCUGUCAUAGCCACUUUCAAGAUAACCAAGGAUGAGGCGAAGACAUCCUGGAACCUUUGGCAGGUUAGCGACCCUGAGAGCCGGGACCUGGUAGGGCUGCGUUUUAAUGGUGACUCUAGAACUCUGGACUACUUCUACAGCAGCCCCAGCAAUACACAGAUGCUGCGCACCUUCCACGGUGUGGAGAGGCUGUUUGACGGUGAGUGGCACAAACUGGCUCUCAGUGUGAAGGGAGACCAGGCGAAGCUACUGGUGGACUGUGAAGAAGUGAGCUCUGAGCCGCUGGAUGAGCCGAGGCCAGUCAUCCUCCGUGGCUACACCUCCAUCGUCAAGAGAACUGCUGGAGAUCGCUCUGUCUCUGUGGACCUGCAGAGGAUGCAUGUUUCCUGUGAUGCUGACCAGGCCUAUUCUGAAGGCUGCUGUGAGCUCUCCAGUGUGUGUGGAGGACAUGCAGAGAUUGGACUCAGUGCUAGCAGAGGCAGAGCCACAUGUAAAUGCAUCCACGGACAACCAGGUCCACAGGGAAUUUCUGGUCCAAAGGGUCACAGAGGUCUGCCAGGAGAGCUUGGAGAACCAGGGCGAAUCGGAAACUGGGGGCGACGGGGAGAUACUGGAGACUAUGGUAACAUAGGCGAACCUGGUCCUAAGGGCUACGCUGGGAUCAAAGGAGAGAAGGGAAUGCGAGGACUCCAUGGCCCUGAGGGUGACAGAGGGCAUAAAGGUCUCAAAGGUUUACCAGGUGCUGCAGGCCACAAGGGAGUGCGUGGGCCUCCUGGAGAGAGAGGGGAGACUGGGCUGGCAGGAGAGAGAGGUUCAGUGGGAGAUCAGGGGUACCAGGGAAUUCCUGGAUAUCAGGGAGUGAAGGGAGAUGAAGGCCCCUCUGGAAAUGACGGACCUCCAGGACCACAGGGCCUGCAGGGUGUUGUGGGAGAUCCUGGUGAAAGAGGAGAACCUGGAGAAAAAGGAAAGCCUGGUAUACAAGGACCUAAGGGAAGAGUUGGCAGCAUGGGAAUAAAGGGCAUUGCUGGUGAUCCAGGUUUACCUGGGAGGGAUGGAGACCCGGGCAUUGAGGCUUAUCAAGGAUCACAGGGGCCUGAGGGCAAAGCUGGAACAGUUGGUGACAGGGGUGAGAAAGGUGCUCAGGGGCCUCCAGGGAACAUGGGUCCUCAAGGACGUACUGGUCUGCAAGGAUACAAGGGCUCAGCAGGAAAGCCAGGAAGACCAGGACUCAUUGGGCCUCCUGGAAGAACGGGACAUAUAGGAUUACCUGGAAAACCAGGCCCAAAGGGAAGUACUGGUAUUCCGGGAUUUCAAGGUGUAAAAGGACAAAAGGGUGAGAAAGGACAGAAAGCACCAAAAGGCAGGGUGGGGGAUAGAGGUGAGCCAGGGCCACAGGGAGGCCAGGGGAAGCGAGGGCCAGUUGGAGAGCCUGGCCUUAAAGGUAAUGUGGGGACCAAAGGCGUCCAAGGAGACGAAGGGCCAGAGGGCUUUCAGGGACUUCCAGGACCACAAGGCCCAACGCUUUCAGCCCAACAUGUUAUCGAGGUCUGCAAGCGUGUGGUGCUGGAACAGAUGUCCACAUUUGCCAACUCUGUGAAGCGGACAUGUGCAGCAGUGUGUCCACUGUAUGGUGAUGUGCCCAUGGGUGCCCCUGGUCCCCCAGGACAAAAGGGACCACCUGGACCAACUGGUGAUCCUGGAACUGACGGUGUUGAUGGAGAAGUGGGGCAGCAAGGAUUCUAUGGAGAGCCUGGUGAUCCAGGCAGAAAAGGGGUACAAGGUGACCAAGGAGAGAAAGGAGACAAGGGUCCAAAAGGUUAUGGUUUAACUGGUUACACUGGAGACCAGGGACAAAAGGGUCAGCGUGGGCGUCCUGGCAGAGUCUUCGACGGGCGCCCUGGUCAAAUGGGUGAGAGAGGCCAUGUUGGCCGACCCGGACUGAGGGGUCAUCCUGGACUACCUGGCGUUCCUGGAGUUUGCCUGACAUCAGGGUGUGGUUUGCUCAGUGGGACUGCUGGUAGCACACCCCAACAAGAAUCCCAGAGCUCAUCCCGACAGAUAUCACAGAGACUGCGGGCACGCCCAUAAUGUUAUAGGAUAACUGCAAUUGUGCAAUUGCAUAGUGAGACAAUAACUGAUGUAUAUAGAUUUGGACCUCCACAAGUCCAGUCCCUCCUCAAAAGACUGUACGAUUCCAAUAAUAAAGAACAGAACCAUCACAAAUCUACAGGAUCAACCGAGGCCAACUGAGAAAUUUAUGUUCAAAGCAAUUUAUCUGGCUAACAACUUAUUGUAAUUAUUACAAAUAUUGUAACAAUGUCUUGAGUUUUUAAAAAGGCAUUUAUGUGGUUCCAA